AUGAAAAUUAAUUCUGAGUUAAUUCAGGGGUCACACCAUUUUAUUAAUCCAUUAAAUGAACGGCAACUAGAUUUAAGAGGUAUUCCCUUUAUUCAUAUGUCCAUAGCCAAGAAAAUAACAGCAAUUGAAAAUUUGGGAGCCACUUUGGUAUCAUCAUUCUUAAUUAUAGGAUUUUUUUGACCACAUCGAUUUAGGGGACAAUGAUAUCAAGAAACUCGGAAAUCUCACUUUGUUGAAAAGGUAUAUUAGUUGUUCCAUAAACUUCAGAUUAAAAACUCUAAAUUUAUCCAAUAACAGAAUCGUGAAAUUGACUGAUAUUUCAGACUCAUUGCCCAACAUUGAAAACUUAAUUCUGAUGAACAACAGACUCACAGAUAUUAAUGAAAUGUAUUAAUUAAGAAAUUGCAAAAAGUUAAAGCGCUUGAUUUUGCAUGGUAAUCUCAUCACUCAACAACCUGAUUAUCGCUAUAAAGUCAUAGCCAUUUUACCCAAUCUCAAGGUUUUGGAUUUCAAUAAAGUGACAUUGGCAGUUAAGUCUCUCUUCUUAUGUUUUAGGAACGUGAAAAAGCAGUUGAAUCCUUCAAACCUGACGAAUUGACAGAUUACAUGAAUUUGGUUAACUUGAAGGAUGCUACCAUAGAUAAAGAUCAUAUUAAGAAAUUACUAGAAAACGCAAAGACUUUUGAUUAAAUUAAUUAAUUGGAGAUGUUGCUUAAAUAACAAUAAGUCAAAAACUUAUCAAUCCUUAAUGAUUAAUGA